AUGAUCACCGCCGGGCUCGGCUUCACCGGCUGGGAGACCCCCACGGGGGACCCUGGGAAGGCCGGGGACGUGAAGUUGAACGGGGGGGGAUUGGACGGGGCGAUGGUCAAUGGGAAGUGCGGUGGGGAUGGGGAUGCGGGGAAGCAGGAGGGUGAUAGGACGUGUGCGGCGCCUGCAGGGGAGGGGAAGGCGCUGUGGAGCCGGGCUCGCAACGUGGACAUCCUGGGGGUUGAGUUCCCCAAGAGCUGCCUCAUCUCUGUUACCACGUGGAACAUCUCCUACGGCCUCUGGCUCAGGCUCUACGUGUACAACCGAAUGGUGCCGCCCGGCAGGAGGCCCACGUUCGUCCACAUGCUCGCCACCAUGCUCGUCAGCGCCGUCUCCCAUGGCUUGAAUUGGGGUGACUUCAUCGCCUUCGCGAAUUGGGCGCUUGUUGUUGCCAGCUCCAAAGCCAUCUACCAGCUCACAGCUGGAAUCCCCAAGGGCACCAUCACCCACCGCAUUGUAGCCCUUCUUCAUACCCUCUAUAGCAUCUUCGUCGGCAGCUACGUCGCCAGCGCCUUUUGUGUGAUGACACUAUCAGGUGCUUACUCAUCCUAUAGUGGCAUGUACUAUAGUGGAACUGUGAUUCCAAUUCUCCUGAUUAGUCUAUCAAUGGUGUACAAGCCUCGCAGCCCAAAGAGUGUCAAGACAGAGUAG